CAACAAAACAAAGAAAAAAGCUCUCCUUCUCUGCCAGCAAUUCCUUUUAGUUCCGCGACAGCGCCGGCGUGAUUUCAGACUGAUACAAAAGUUUUGAUGGAGUUUUGCUCGAUGGGUUCGAGUUUUUGUUGCUUUUAAAUAACUUGUCUUUGAUGGGUGUACGUGUGAGAGAGGGAGAGAGACAAACACAAGGUUGAAGGAAAAGUAGCAAACCUCUAUUAAAUCAAAAUGGGGUGGAGAUUACGAGAAAGAAAAGUUCGUAAAACUAAGAGGUUGGUGGGCACUCACAAGCUUUAAUAGCAGCAGUCAUAAAAAAUAGGGAACUGUAUUCGUGUCCAGAACGGCAAUAUGGGAUCUGAAGGACCAAAGGCGGUCACCAUUCAUGUAACCGGAUUUAAGAAGUUUCAAGGGGUUGCUGAAAAUCCUACAGAGACAAUUGUUAGUAAUCUGAAAGAUUUUGUUGAAAGGAGGGGGCUACCCCCUGGUGUUACUCUUGGGACUUGCACUAUUCUUGAGACUGCUGGAGAUGGGGCCCUGCCUUUGCUUUACCAGACGUUGGAAUCAGGGAUCUCAAGAAUGGAUGGUACAAGCAAUGAGCAAGUUGUAUGGUUACACUUUGGGGUGAAUAGUGGCGCUCCAAAAUUUGCCAUUGAGCAGCAGGCAGUAAAUGAAGCCACUUUUCGUUGUCCAGAUGAGUUAGGAUGGCAACCUCAGAAACUUCCCAUAGUUUGUGAAGAUGGAGGAACUUCCAGGGCAAGAGAGACUUGUUGCAGCAUCGAGGUUAUUCUGAAGUUCUUGAAGAGGAAGGGCUUCGAUGUGACCCUAUCAAAUGAUGCCGGCCGAUUUGUGUGCAAUUAUGUGUAUUAUCAUUCUCUUCGUUUUGCUGAACAGAAGGGUCACAAAUCUUUAUUUGUCCACGUGCCGUUAUUUUCGAAAAUUGAUGAAGAAAGCCAAAUGCGUUUCGUAGCAUCCCUUUUGGAAGCCAUUGCAUCUACAUGUUAAUGUUAUCAGUCUGUGUGCUCAUUUAAACAUUCUUGUUUGUUUGUCAUCUUCUAGUAAAUGUAAAUAAGUUGUGUCAAUAUCAAUAUAAUGGUCGAACUACUAACUGAAAUGAACUACGGGACUGGUAUUUGUUCUUUUUUUGUGGUUCUUCCCUCUUCAGGUCGAGUCAUCAAUGUUUAAAAUACAUAUGUUUGUUAUGUUAUGGUGCUCAAGAAAUUGCUGCCAGUUCUUCAAAAGCUUUUCAGUUUUCAAUUAAUUUUGGCUACUUGUUUAUCG